AUGUCUCUGUGUGGCACUUCAAAAAACGGUGCUUCGUUUGGACGUUCAAAACCGCUUCAACGCAAGGUGGUUGUAUGUGGGGAUGGAGCCUGCGGCAAAACGUCCCUGUUGAACGUGUUUACUCGAGGGUUCUUCACGCAAGUCUAUGAACCAACAGUAUUCGAGAACUACGUUCACGACUUGAUGGUCGAUGACCAGUUGGUGGAGCUGAGUUUAUGGGACACUGCAGGCCAGGAAGAAUUCGACCGACUACGCUCACUAUCCUACGCCGAAACACAUGUGGUCAUGAUUUGCUUCUCGGUGGACAAUCCGACAUCAUUAGAGAACGUUGAAUCCAAGUGGCUAGACGAGAUUCUUGAAUAUUGUCCAGGGGUUAAGCUUGUUCUAGUUGCUCUGAAAUGUGACCUUCGAGAAGACAAGGCGGUGAAGGAACGGUUACAGCGGUAUGGAUCGCAUACAGUGCAGUAUGAAGAGGGGCUCGCUGUUGCGCGGCGGAUACGAGCAUCACGGUAUCUAGAAUGCAGCUCCAAGCAUAACCGCGGCGUCUCAGAAGUCUUCCACGAAGCAGCGCGCGUGUCAUUAGGAACCCGACCGAGAGGACGCAGCUCGUCGUGUUUGAUAAUGUGAAAAAUCCUUUUCUUCGCGCAUUCCAUUUCGUUGUCUAGGGUAUCGGCCCUUCCGAGCGCUCGAGACGUUGUCAUAACAUGCACCUCAUAUUUCAAACGAAUACCAAUCAGCCAGUCCAACACUUGAUACCCGCCAUCUCCACCCGACCCCGACCAGGCUGAACGGUUUCAACUGUUCAGCGGCAUCAUCAUAUCAUCGCCGCCGCCGCCCUUUCCUUGAUCAAAACCUUGAA